CGUAUGACAAGAUGGGCGUAGGGUACGACUUCCGUGCCAACUUCUGGAAGGCAUUCGUCGAGAAGAUGCCCAGUGCCGAAGUUCUCAACGGAGACGUUCAGCUGGAGGCCUAUAGGAACAAUCUCGAGAAGGCAAGCAUGUACUUUGCGGCUGGUUUUCAGGUACCCCGACCCAAAGACGCCCAGUUGUUGGCAGCAUUCGAGGACUUCCUUCCCUUUUACCCAUGGGAAGACCGCGUCGUCCGCAAGUCAGACGUCCAGCUGGCGUUCGAGCGAUCCGCGCAUGGGGAGCCCUUCCGCGAUCUCCUUAAGCGCGGGCAAACUGGUGGUAUCAACGCGUACUGGACCCACUUCUUCAAGCGGUUCUCUCCUAGGUGGGUAAACACUUAUCCGGCCCUUCUGCAGACGGACACCCUACCAAAUGUUGAAAAGUCGCCUCGCAAGCGGCGAACCUCUGCUCCUCGGACUAAGCUUGCGCACCAGUCUUCCAUGCCGGACAUUGAGUAUCUUGCCAUUGAGCAGCAAAAUACUGGGUCAUACGCGUCCUCAAGCAAGCCUACAACUCCAGCUAUGCCCCCGUUCCCGGACUCGCUCGCCGGGCCAGAUCCUGCAUCGGUACCGUUUAUGGAGUCCAGGCUGGCCACAAACCAGUUCUGUAAGCUCCAGGACACCCCCAUGCUCCCACAGAGCAGUACGCAGCCAGCACCCCCUCUUCUGGAAGAUCUGUUCCAGAUGUUUUUGCCCACUGAAUCUGGGUCCCUUGCGCUACCCCACUUUGUCUUUCCCCAGGGGGAGUCGAACGAGGGCUGCACCAACUUGGGUCCCCCUUCCUUGACGGGUGUUCCAGAUGUGGACGGAAACGGGCGUGACAGUCGCCCUCUUCCUUCAUUGGGAGGCUCAUCUAGGCCAUAUGACUUGUCGAGAUUCCUGCAUCCAGAGCCGCAUCCGUCAAAUCUGGGAGCCUCGAUGUCGAUGAUCGCCUCCCCUUCGCUGCCCAACCUACCAUCCUCGAUUCUUGAUCCUGCUGACCCAUGCGGUGCACAGCAAUCACACACGCACGGGCCAGACUUGGGCCCUUCCUACGACCCCGCGUUAGCCGUGACAUUUGCCACUCUGGAGGAGCUUUUCAAUCCUCACUCUUUACAACCUGGCCCCGACACGGCGGCUGUUGGGUUCGAGCAGUCUCAGGCCCGGAACGACAGUUUCAGCAACGGUGCGCAUUUCUUGGGCCAAUUCGACGAUGCCGACGAAGACGGCUCAGGCUUCUACUGAACUACGCCCAACCUACAGCUCUUACGUCCUUCUGCUAAUGUGGCCCACAGCAUGGCCACUUCUCAUGUUGUAAGCAUCCUUGACGAGUUGCGAUCAUGUCACGCCUACUGUAUAUGCACAAUGCAUCUCCGUCCAUCUGCCGCACCCGCAGCACUUGG